CGAAUCCAGCUGUCAUUUGCCACGUGUCCCCUCCCAGCUGUCAAACGAUCGGCGCGCGAUCGCCGAUUCCCUCGCGAUUUUUCCUCGCCGAUCGCGAGCGUAUGUAAUCGGCGUCGCGGAUUUACGAUUCCUGACAGCAUAGGCGACAGGGAGAGUUCGAGGGUAGACGAUAUCGAGAUAUAUCGCCGAAGCGCGCGCGCCGGCGAUAUCGUGGCGCGGCGGCGUGUCGCUGGAAAUUUUAUCAAUACCGCGGCGGCCAUCUAGUCUCGCUGUGGCAGUCGCUCGCGAAAAGUUACGCGCCGGGGGUUGACGCCGAGAGUCCGACCGAUUAACCGACGAGGAUUGCCGGAACAGAGAGAGCCCGAGGCGAUCGACUACUACGAGCAUGGCUACGGAGGGCGGUUUAGCACCGGAUGCGGCUGCAGGUGCAGGAGCGGGCACCGAUGGCAUCGUCGGCGGCCCCAGGACGCCCCAGCAGAUCGCCUCGCAGAAGCGGCUGCAGGCGACGCAAGCGCAAGUCGACGAGGUCGUCGACAUCAUGAAGACGAACGUCGAGAAAGUCCUCGAACGCGAUCAAAAGCUCUCCGAGCUCGACGAUCGAGCAGAUGCACUUCAACAAGGAGCGUCACAAUUUGAACAGCAAGCAGGAAAAUUGAAGAGAAAGUUUUGGCUACAGAAUCUAAAGAUGAUGAUCAUCAUGGGUGUCAUCGGACUCAUCGUACUGGCCAUUAUUGUCGUGAAAUUCAUGCCGGAAACGCCGCCGACUCCGCCUGCUUAUGGCUAUCCGCCAGGUAUGAUGCCACCGGGUAUGCAACCGGGACCAGCACCCGGUGCACCUGCACCGGAUGCUGGAGCUGCAGCGCCUAACGCAAAGUCGCCGGGCAGCGGUUCACCGCAGACCGCCGGUGCCGCGUUCGUCGGCAACCUGGACGCCGGUAUACGAAGUCUCGUGUAAACGAUGUAACCUAAGCGAAGGGUGUACUUGAACGAAGAAAAAGAAAGGAAUACGCUGAUAGGGAUCGACCUUGACGCAACCGUCUUCAUCCGCGGAAAAUAACUGGUCUACAUAUAUAUAUAUAUAUAUAUAUAUAUAUAUGUACCCAAGUAGCAAACUGACAUCAUCAAAUGUCAAAAAUGACGUACGCUUGCUACUUGGCUAUUUGCUUCAAUUCAUUCGGAUUAUCGUCGGCACAUGAUGAAGGGUUCGAUGAAAGAAGCCGGUAACUUCAUCAUUUAUGCAGAUUCAUUUUGCACGUGGUUCGAAAUUGGUUUUUAUAAAAUGUAGACAUUUUUGUUAUAUUUUUCUUUGGAACCCUUCAACUAUCGGCCGCGAUUAUUUUAAUGUUGAAUUAAUUUUCUUAUAUCGAGGAGAUGUGAAUAAUUAAUAAUUUCAAUAUUUUAUCAGCAAUUAUAUAGUGCGCAACUUUAUUCGAGUAGUAUUUAUAGGUUUAAAUAGUUUUUCACCUAUUUUAAUUAUAUUGCAUUUUAUUAAUCUCAUGAUUUCUAGUCGUUUAAAGUUUUAAGUCGUUUAAAUGGAAGCAACGUAUCGACCGGACCGAGAAGAAAGAAACAUUCUAGAUUUUAGAGUCUAUAUAGGUCAUUAGGAAAUUCGCGAAAAUUUUAUUUUCGAUGAGAAUGCACAAGAGGCCCUUCAAAUCCCAUUCUGCUCGUUGUCAGCUGAUCUCUAUGAAAAAAAAAAAAAAAAAA